GGAGAUGGAGGUUUCUGGCCAAGAGGCAGCAGCACCUUUGCCAAAAGAGAAAAAGGAAGUUGCAGAAAAGAUGUAUGGAAAGCAAAGUUCUGAGGAAAACCAGUUAAUGGGGGAGCUGGAUAAUUGCUCUAGUUUACCAUGUGCAAAUACCAGUCUCUUAUUGGACACAGAUGAUUGCCAUGAAAAGGAAAUGUGUUCAACCUAUGAGAAAAUACUCUGUGGUGAAUCUGGAUUAUGUCACUGGGGCGAAAGCCCUGCUGGAGAGAAACAAGAUGAAAGCAAGCAACAGUGCAGAACGAACUUUCCUCCUCCCUUACAUGAAAGAAUAAAAGGAAAAACGUACAAAUGUACAGAGUGUGCAGAAAGCUUCGGUACAAGCCGCUCUCUUGCUUCACAUAAAAAGAUUCACAAAGCAGAGGAGCCACACAAAUGUCUGGAUUGUGGAAGGACCUUCAGGCAGAAAAAUCAUCUUAAUUCACAUAAGAGGGUCCAUGAAGACAAGAAGCAGCAUCAAUGCAUCCCCUGUGGAAAGACCUUUGGAAGCAGCGCCUCCCUUAUUUCCCAUCAAAGCCUCCACAGAGAGAGGUUGUUUCAACUCAGGAAGGGCAGAACGAGGAUUACUCGCAUCAAGAAACCGAAUUCCCAGAAAAAAAGCCCCACUGGGAAGAAAUCAUGUAAAUGCCUGGAAUGUGGGAAGAGCUUCCGCUUUGCAAGUGACCUCACUUGCCAUAAUAGGAUCCAUACAGGGGAAAAGCCGUAUCAUUGCAUGGUGUGUGGAAAGAGCUUCACCCAAAAAGGCCAUUUCAAUGUACAUAAGAUGAUCCACACUGGAGAGAAGCCCUUUCAAUGCCUGCAGUGUGGAAAGUGCUUUGUCAGUUCUGGUGGCCUUAAUGCCCACAAACUGACCCACACAGGGGAGAAACCAUACAAAUGUCUGGAGUGUGGAAAGAGCUUCCGUAACUCCAGCUAUCUAACUUCCCAUAGAAGAAUCCAUAGUGGAGAGAAACCGUAUCAAUGCACUGAGUGUGGGAAAUGCUUCACUAAGCCAUAUUGUCUUACUGUCCAUAAAAGGACCCACACAGGUGAAAAGCCUUAUAAGUGCACUGAAUGUGACAAAUGCUUCACUGAUUCGGGGAAUCUCUCUCGUCACAAAAGGCUCCACACUGGAGAGAAACCAUACGAAUGCCGCACGUGUGGAAAGAGCUUCAGUGAAAAAAAGAAGUAUAUUGUGCAUAGCAGGACCCACACUGGGGAGAAACCAUAUCAGUGCCAGGAGUGUGGAAAACGCUUCAGUGAUUCUGGAGCACUGAUGAUCCAUAAAAGGAUUCACACAGGGGAGAAACCCUAUAAGUGCACAGAGUGUGGCAUGAGUUUCAGGAAAAGUGGUUGCCUUGGUAUCCACAAGAGGAUCCACACUGGAGAGAAACCGUAUAAAUGUCAUGAGUGUGGAAAAAGCUUUAGUCAAAGUAGUUCACUCAGGAGCCAUAGAAGAAUUCACUCAGGGGAAAAACCCUAUAAAUGCCUGGAGUGUGGAAAAUGUUUUCAUAUGAGUGGCCAGCUUACCUCCCACAAUAGGAUCCAUACAGGGGAGAAACCAUUUAAAUGUAUCGACUGUGGAAAGAGUUUCAAAGACUGCAUGAAUCUUACGUACCAUAAAAGAAUCCACACAGGGGAGAAACCGUUUAAAUGUAUCGAGUGUGGAAAGAGUUUCAAACACCGUAUGAGUUUUACAGUCCAUAAAAGAAUCCACACAGGGGAGAAGCCGUAUAAAUGCACAGAGUGUGGAAAAUGCUUCAGUGCCUCAAGUAAUCUUAAUUCCCAUAAGAGGAUUCACACAGGGGAGAAACCCUAUGAAUGCUUGGAGUGUGGAAAAAGUUUCAAUAGACAUGAUACACUAAUUUUACAUAAUAAGAUGCAUAAAGGGGAGAAACCAUAUAAAUGCCUGCAAUGUGGAAAAAGCUUCAGUCAAAAAGUUCAUCUUAAGUCGCACGAAAGGAUCCACACGGGGGAAAAGCCAUUUCAAUGCAAGCAGUGUGGAAAAAGCUUCCAUUGCUCUUCAACCCUUACUUCCCAUCUCAGAAUCCACACGGGGGAAAAGCCCUUUCAAUGCUUGGAGUGUGGAAAGCGCUUUUCCCAUUCUGGUGACCUUCAUGCCCACGAACGGACCCACACAGGGGAGAAACCAUACAAAUGCCUGGAGUGUGGAAAGAGCUUCCGUAAAUCCAGCCACCUAACUUCCCACAGAAGAAUCCACAGUGGAGAGAAACCACAUCAAUGCACCAAGUGUGGGAAGCACUUCAGUCAAGCAAGUAAUCUUACUCUCCAUAAAAGGACCCACACGGGUGAAAAGCCUUAUAAAUGCACUGAAUGUGACAAAUGCUUCACUAAUUCGGGGAAUCUCUCUCGCCACAAAAGGCUCCACAAAGUGGAGAAACCAUACAAAUGCCUGGAGUGUGGAAAGAGCUUCCGUAAAUCCAGCCACCUAACUUCCCAUAGAAGAAUCCACAGUGGAGAGAAACCGUAUCAGUGCACCGAGUGUGGGAAGAGCUUCAGUCAAACAAGUCACCUUAAUAUCCAUAAAAGGAUCCACACAGAUGAAUAGCCUUAUAAGUGCUCCGAAUGUGACAAACACUUCACCAAAUCAGGGCCCCUCACUUGCCACAAAUGGCUCCACAUUGGGGAGAAACCAUAUGAAUGCCGCAUGUGUGGAAAGAGCAUCAAUGGGGAAAAAAAGUAUAUUGUACAUAGCAGGACUCACACUGGGGAGAAACCUUAUCAUGCCAGCAGUGUGGAAAAUGCUUCAGGGAUUCUUGACAACUGACGAUCCGUAAAAGGAUUCACACAGGGGAGAAACCCUGUAAGUGUACGGAAUGUGGC